AUGAGGCCCAGCCCCGAGGAGAUUGAGGAGAAAAGGCGACAGAGACAAUUGAAAAAGGCCCAGGCAGCUGCUAAUGCCCCGCAAAAGCCGUUGGAAUACAUCCAGAGACCAUUUCUACAAGUUAAAUCGAGACCAGAGGACAAGCUCCUGAUACGAGUGAUGAGCUAUAAUGUGCUUGCACAGGCGUUAGUGAGAAGACAUCUCUUCCCUACCAGUGGCACCGCCAUCAAGUGGCUGUAUCGAGGCCCCGUGAUCGCCGAUGAGGUCAAACACUAUGAUUGUGACGUCAUUUGCUUUCAGGAAGUGGACGUCGGAUCUACCCUAAUUGAUAGCAUGAAUAAGCUUGGGUACGUGACCAAGUUUCAUUCCCACCCUCAAAAACGACACGGACAAUUGAUUGCUUUCAAAAAACUGCUUUUUAAGGCUGACUCGUGUCGCUUUUUGGACUAUGAUGAAGAUAAGGAAAUUGAGGGGACGGUCAUCACGCAGAAUGUGGGUCAAAUCAUUGAACUCAAGUUUACUGAUGAUGUCACCAAACAAUACGAAUACCUCCAGCUGCGACGUCUCCUUAUCGGGACGACUCACUUAUACUGGCACCCUUACGGUUGCUUUGAACGUACUCGCCAAACGGCAAUUGUCAAGCAAACCAUGGUUGAUUUUGAGCGUGAUCUUCGUUUAAUCGAUCCUAGUAUAAAGUAUUACAAGAUCUUUGCCGGUGACUUUAAUCUGGAACCAUUUGACCCACCUUACAUGGGAUUAGUCCAGAAUCCGUUUGAUGAAGAAGGUCUCCGGUUAUUAAAGCGAAGUGUCAACCACUUCUGCAAUCGUGUCAAUCAGGAUAAAGAAGAUGAAGAACCCGUUUAUCGCGAGCCUAGUGAUCCUCAGUAUCGCGACGUUGAACCCCUCAUUGAAGCCGUCAAAGAGGUCCAUUUUGGUCUGACUAAGCCACAACUCACGUCGGCGUACUCGUCAUACGUAUCAGUGGAUCCAGAGAAUAGUCAGGUAAACGGGGAACCACCAUAUUCUAAUUGGGCACAUGCCUGGCGAGGACUAUUGGACUAUAUCUUCUUAUUCGACGGUUCUGAUAUUACCGUGUGUGAGCUUUUGAAGAUGCCCACUAAGAAAGAACUCGGUGACGCCGGUCUACCUCAAAAGGGCAAAUACCCGUCCGACCAUCUCUGCAUCGCCGCUACAUUGUGUCUCGAGUAA